UUUGAAAAUGAAGGAGAUCAGGCUUCAACCAAUCAAUAAAUAAAAUUAAUCCUCAGGUUUUAUUAUAGAGCUAUAAAUUUACCCCCUAAAAGCCUGCUGCUGAAUUACUAAGCUCGGUCUCACACCAAUGAAUUUACUAUAAUCUUUCGUCUUGGUUGCUGUUUCAGAACUUUAAACAAGUCCAAUCAAGCGAGUUUGAUUGAAGCAUGUUUCAAUUUUUUAGAAACAGUGAAAGCAAGAGCUGCAAAAGGGCAAACGCAAAAGAUAUGAAAAUCACGGAGAUAAACCAUUUCAAUCAUCACCACAAGCUUAAGCUAAGCUAUUCCGGAACGCCAUAUCAGUGCGACGGAUGCAAAGAACUAGGCUUCGGUUCAUGUUAUCAAUGCAAUAACGAGAAGUGUGACUUUCAUCUUCACGAAAAUUGUGGGGUGGCCAAGCCUAUCGCCACCCAUUCAUUCUUCAAAAACAUCAACUUCAAGUAUGAAAAGAAAGGGAAACAAGGCAAAACUUGUAAAGCAUGUGGCAAAGAUGUUCAAGGUUUCAUGUAUAAAUCCAAGGAAACAUAUUUGCAUCCUUCUUGUUUGGAGCUCCCAAGCACCUUGAAUGGCGAUUUCAACGGAAGGUCGUUGAGACUUAACCUUAAGGUGAAGGCCUCAACCAAGUGUUUGAUAUGUCAAAACAAGGAAAUUUCUAAAGGGAAAUUGAAAGGGUGGGCUUAUAUUUCGAGUUGUGGGAAGCACUGUUACCAUGUUGGGUGUGUGAAUAAUUUGAACUUUGAGAAUUGGAAAAUGGGUUAUUUCAAUCAAUCACAAAGCGGUGGUGUGACAAAUGGGUUAGUGUUUAUCAAUGAAGAAAAUAGGGGAAGUUCAAGUGGGAGAAAGGAAAAUGAACGGCCAUUGAUGAGAUAUGCUUUGAAUCUCAUAGUCCAAGCUGUUUUAGGGGCUGUUGUUUCUUCCUGGAUUAGUUAGACUAUUCUCUUUACUGCAGAUAAUUGAAUGCUGGCCAAUGUUGUUAAAUAAUUGCUAAUCACAUCAUUCCUACACCGGCAAACUUUUGUAUGUUUCAAGUUGAUUAGUAUGAAAUUUAGAGUUAGAUUCCUGUGUUUGUAAACGCUCUCCUCUUUCCCUCAUUGUAAUAUAAUUAUUGACUUGUAUAAAUUUAUUUUAAUGUCGGAACAAGCAAUGGGAGUUGAUCAAUUUUGUUCAUAA